AUGUCCGAUAUUAGACUUGUUCCCCGUCCCUUGGAGGGAAAACUUGCUGUUGUCACUGGCGUGUCAAGAGGAAUCGGUGCAUCAAUUGCACGUAACCUAGGGGCCAAGGGUGCCAACAUCCUCGGAGUCUACACUUCAGACUCGUCCACUGAACCCGCAAAUAAACUUCGCACUGAAUUGGAGUCGGAACACGGUAUAAAAGUUGUGCUUUGCAAGUCCGAUCUGGGCCGACCUGAGGAGGCCAGUAUCGGUAUCGUGGCCGCUCUCAAGGAUGCAUUUACCGGUUCCAACGGCACCCUGCAAGUGGACAUUCUAAUCAACAAUGCGGGUGUGGGCGGCGAUUACAAGCUCGGAGAUGUCCCUGUUGCAGAAUUUCAUCGCAUUUACGCUGUCAACGUCCUCGCACCGAUAUGCGUUACCCAAGCGCUGCUACCAUAUCUGCCAACCGACCGCUCGGGCCGCAUUGUCAAUAUCAGCAGUGUGGCCUCAAGCAUGGGUUUCCUCACGCACACGCUAUAUGGUGGUACCAAGGCAGCUCUAGAAGCCAUGACGCGAACCUGGGCUCGCGAACUAGCCGAGCGCUGCACAGUUAACGCCGUCAACCCAGGGCCAGUCGAAGGUGAUAUGUAUUUUGCAGCAGGAGAACAAUUCUGGAAGAAUAUGGAACCAUUCCAGCUGGCUUGUCCUCUAAGCGCGAUAAGAAAGGAUGUCGAUGAUGCAGGCCUGGUUGAAUUAUCCGUUACGAAAAUGGGCGGACGCAGACCUGCAUACUGGAGUGAAGUUGCCGGUGUGGUAGGGAUGCUUUGUACCGCCGACUCGGCAUGGACGACGGGUGCUGUCAUCAGCGCCAAUGGUGGGAUGAGGUUUUAG